AUGUGCAAAAACUAUAUUCUUAAUGGUCUGUCUGAUAACCUGUAUGACUAUUAUAUCUGGAAAACACCGCUAAGGAUUUGUGGGAUGCCCUGCAAAAAAUAUGACGAAGAAGCCGGUGCCAAAAAGUAUGCUGUUAGCAGGUACCUGAAAUUCCAGAUGACUGAUGAUAAGUCCGUGGAAGUGCAGUCCCACGAACUUCAGAAAAUUGCCCAUGAGAUAAUUUCCGAAGGUAUGGCUCUUGAUGAACAAUUUCAGAUUGCUGUUAUAAUUGACAAGUUGCCUCCUUCUUGGAAAGAUUUCAAAAACAGUCUCAGGCACAAGACUAAGGAAUUUUCCUUAGAGAGUUUGAUUACUCGGCUCCGUAUAGAGGAAGAAUCCAGAAAACAGGACCAGAAAGAAGAAGUCUUACAGCUCUCUGCAAACAAUGCUCCUAAGCGUUCUGCUGCAGUUCUCAAGCCCGCUGGUAAGAACUUCAAGCCUCAGAACCGGAAGAAUAACUUCAACAAAAUAAACAGAAUGUUCAAAAGAACGAUGGAAAACAAAAUUCAACCCCCUAAGAAUGGUACUGGUCAAUUCCUAUGUUAUAGGUGUGGAAAACCAGGCCAUAUGGCACGAAAGUGCAGGAACAUGCCUAACCCUGUACCACAGGCUAGCAUGAUAGAAGAGCCACUUGUGGCUAUGAUUACUGAGAUCAACCUUAUUGGUGGAUCAGAAGGGUGGUGGUAG